UCUCGUGGUUCUGACCUCAGCAGGUUUGUUUCUCUGUCUCUAAUCCUCCUCCUCUGGGCGCCAGCGUAUAAAAGGGCGGGGCGCGCUCUGAGCCACAAACACUCUCUGAGUGAGGCAGAUCACACACACAGGUAAGAGCAGCAGACACACACGAUACACAUGGUGGCACCUGCAUACACAGGUAAAGGGAGUAGGUGGAGAAAGAUGAGUAGCAGCUGUUCAGCAGCAGUUUGACUUUGAAAUCAGUAAUUAGAAGUCGCUAUGUUACAUUCAUAUUAUACAUCACUAUAUUAAACAUGUUAACUGCAUCCCCAACCCCAAAUAUCCCUCUUCCCCUGAUAGCAUCCAUUCACUCCAUCUUCAUCCCUUAUUGCUAUUUCCAUACAUUUUUUGUAUUCCCAACACGUUGGAUGUGUCUUCUUGACUGUUUUGAGACUGUUUCAUUCUCAUCCCCCUCUCUCUCUCUCUUCCAGUCAUCAUGUCCAGUGAUAAGUCCAAGGCUGCUUCCCAGACCGACGGGAAAGCUGCUCAGAGCAAGAAGUCUGAGAUGGGCAUGAUGUCCUACAAGAUGUUUGUGUUCGACCAGGAGAACUUCCAGGGUCGCAUGGUCGAGAUCAGCAACGAGUGCAUGAACGUGUGUGAGAUGGGCAUGGACCGCGUCCGCUCCCUCCGCAUUGAGUGUGGACCCUUUGUGGGCUUCGAGCAGAUGAACUUCUGUGGCGAACACUACAUUUUGGAGAAGGGAGAGUUCCCCCGUUGGGACUCUUGGAGCAACUGCCAGAAGAACGACUACCUGUUGUCCUUCAGGCCCGUCCGCAUGGACCCCGAGAAGCACAAGAUCUGCCUGUACGAGGUUGGGGAAUUCAAGGGCCGUAAGAUGGAGAUCAUGGACGAUGACGUUCCGUCUCUGUUCUCCUACGGCUUCACCGACAGGGUCGGCAGCAUAAUGGUCAGCUGCGGAACCUGGGUGGGCUACCAGUUCCCCGGAUACCGCGGCUCCCAGUACCUUCUGGAGAAGGGCGACUUCAAACACUUCAACGAGUUCGGCGCCCGUCACCCCCAGUUCCAGUCCGUGAGGCGUAUCCGCGACAUGCAGUGGCACCAGCAGGGAUGCUACACCAUGGCCAGCAAGUGAGGCUCAGGGAAGGAGAGAAAGAGAAAGAGCGGAAGAGAGGGAGAGGGGCGGAGGAAGAGAGAGAGGGGGAGAGAUGUCUGAGGCCUUGCCGAACCCCUGGCUGAAGCAUACCAUCUGAAACAACAAGGGAGAGGGUUGACGUUAAAAAUCCCCCACUCUUUGAAACCUCAAUUGAAGGACCACCUGGCUACAGAACACCUGAAGACAACCCCUCCAUCAUUCUCUCUCUACUCUUCUCUUUCUCUCCUGUGGUCCGACCUUAGCUUUUCCCUCCUUCAUCCCCCCUAGCUUUUUCGUCCCCCAUUCCUUUCCCCUGCAGUCCAUUGCAGCACCAAAGAGGGAACGAGAAAUAUCUUGCUGUUUUACACAUGAUUCUCGGCUCAGGGUAUGAUGCACCAUGGGAAAAUAAGUUUCAAUAUCCACCCCCCACUUCCUAACCCUGUGUAUCGCACACCCUCUCUGCUGUACAGAAUCCUGGCCAACUUUUCAAUAAAAAUGAAAAUCUUGAUUUCAAAACGUUGUCUUUGCAUUGUG